AUAAAAUGUACCAGCGUUUUUCAGUUUUGAACCUUUGAAGGAUAAGUUGGAUAAUAAUUUAUUCCACACUUUCCUAAUGGUUUGUUUAUAAAUAAAAAGUGAACCAUGUGCGUUACUGGUGUAGUGGUUUUAAUAAUGUUAUUACUGGAUUCAACCAAAGCUUUUCAAAUGCCACCUCAAAUAAUCCGAAAUACUACAAACAAUCUGGUAAUAGAAGCAGGAAAUAAUUAUACCCUUACAUGUGAAGGAUAUCAGCCUAUUAAAUGGACUUAUCCGCAACCCUUUUCGAAAAUCAAACAAAGUUGGACAAAAUUCACUAUUAUAAAUGACAAUAAUACAAACAAAUCAACAUUGCAUAUAACAAAUAUGUCAUAUCCGUUUGUGGGUUAUUACACUUGCCAAUAUGAAACUAUUGAGGAACAAGACCAGAUUUAUUUGUAUGUAAAUGAUCCAAUCCAUUUGUCUGUCGAAGACGACUACAAUACUCACUACGCGGUUCAAUAUCAAGAAACCACGAUUCCGUGCAGACCGACCGCUCCAGAUAUUGAAGUGCAACUCAUCAGUUUCCAGACUAUCAAAAACGAAUUCGACCCAAAAACUGGAUUUACCUUCUCAGUACCUCAAAUAACCUUUGCCGACUCUUAUCACUGCAUAUUCACUCGUCACAGUGAUAAUAAACGCUUUGAAUUACCAAUUUUUCUCGAAGUUGAUUCUCCGAGAUAUUACAUAGCGACGCCAUCUAUUGAAGACCAAUCCUAUAAUCAUACCGAUGUUGGCGAAACACUUAAUUUGACUUGCUACUUACAGGAAACUUCUGAAAAUGUUUUCUUUUACUGGUCAACACCCAGAGGAAUUUUUAAUUCUAAAGAUGGUGCAGUUAAUGAUGUAAUAAUCAAAAGGCCCCAAUUCACUACAAUAAAUGGCUUAAAAUGUUUAGAAUCAAAACUACAAAUCAAAAACAGCCAACUUAGCGAUUCCGGAUUGUAUUCUUGUAAAGUAUUGGAUCGGCAAAGUAAUUCUGCUAUUGAAUAUGCUAAUGUUACUGUACAAGAUCCCAACAAUUGCUACAUUGAAAUAAGUCCAGAAGAUUCAAUAACAGUAAAUGCUAAUGAACAAGUCCAAUGGAUUGUGGAAGUAAACGCACAUCCAAAGCCAGAAUUGAUGUGGUUUGAUAAUAAAAAUAGUUUAAUUAGGAACAAUUCAGUAUAUCAUACGGAAAUUCUACAAGAUAAGGCAUUGUUUCAAAUUCAUAAUGCCUUGCUUGAGCAUACAGGAUUUUACACUUUGAAAGGGAUUUCAAAUAGGGAAUUUUUGCCUAAUGAUGGAAAUUGUCCGGCUGUAGCUGAAACAAAAUUGAUUUUGAAUGUAAAAGUGAAGCCUACGGUUUGUUUAGGCUCUCCAUCAAUAGAAGACAUAUUAUGCAAAAAUCCUCAUGUUCCAAUUAUUUAUGUGGCUAAUCAAGAAGCUGAGCUUGAAUGUAGAGCUACAGGGAAUCCUUUGCCAAGACUUGCAUGGCAAGAACAAGUUUGUUUGAAUGACGAGUGCAAAUUUGUUCAAAUAAAUGCAUCCUCAAUACCAAAACUUGACGGUUUCACAAUUCAAAAUUACUUCAAAGUGAAUACCACCAGGAAUAGUAUUAUUAAAUGCAUUGCCACUAACGAUUUAGGCAAGACUGAGUCAGCAAAGGAGUAUUUUAUAUCAGAUGUUCAAAAUGGCUUUGAUAUUGACGACUUCACACCUGGUUCAAUUAUAAGCAAAACUGCAUCCGGAAUAGAAGUUAUUGUAGCAGAAAACGAAACUUUUACGUUCACUUGUGGCGUUUCUCCACAAAAAUCCGAAACUUUGCAAGUGUUUCUUAAUGAUGAGCCAUUAAAUGAAAGACACGACACAAAUAAAGUGAGAAGUAACUGGUCAAAAAAAACCAAAGUAAUAUUGAAAUACCCUCAACUAAGUGAUUCUGGAAAAUAUAGUUGCAAAAUCAAAAACUUACACGAUCAGUUGUUUGAAUACAAAAACUUCACACUUCAAGUGAAAGUGCCCCAACCACCCAUAAUCACCAAAACCAAUCUGGACAAGGAAAUUUUAAUUGACUAUCCAAAAAUGAAAAAGGAAUUGAGGUGCUAUGUCACUGGAAUUCCAAAACCUACAAUUGAAUGGUUCAAAGGUACCCAACUAAUUACUCCAUCAGAUCGAUUCAUUUUCAAAGAAAACAACAUGGUUUUGUUUAUCAAUGGCACCGAACUGGGUGAUGAGGGAAUUUACCAAUGCAGUACCUACAAUUCCAUUGGAUACAUGUCCAAACAUGCAACCCUAAGAUUCAAAGUAAAACCAAUUUCAGUAAUUUACUAUUAUGUAACUGGAUGCAUUGCUAUUCUACUGAUUAUUGCAGUCAUUUAUAUUUGUAUCAGAAUAAGGAAAGAAAGAGCAUUAAGACGAGAAUUAAAACUGCUGGGCUUGGAAAACUUCCACAAUGGAAACCCAGAGAAUCUAAAUCCAGAAUUGGGCAUUGACGAUCAAGCCGAACUUCUACCCUACAACCAAAAAUUUGAAUUCCCAAUAGAAAAUCUAAAACUUGGUAAACAAUUGGGUUCUGGUGCAUUUGGAGUAGUUCUUAAAGCAGAAGCAAAAGGCAUAAUUCAAGGCGAACAAAAGAGCACAGUGGCUGUUAAAAUGGUGAAGAAAAAUGCAGACGAAUCGUACAUAAGAGCGCUGGCAUCGGAAUUGAAAAUUAUGGUGCAUUUGGGGAAACAUAUUAAUGUUGUUAAUUUGCUAGGAGCUUGUACGAAAAAUGUAGCAAAAAGAGAACUCUUAGUCAUAGUCGAAUUUUGCCGUUACGGCAACCUACAAAACUACAUCUACAAACACAGACCAAGCUACAUUGACCAAGUCGAUCCAGUCAGUGGAACCAUAGACUACAACAUUGGAGCCGAAAUUUUAGACAGGACUUAUUCAAUUUCCAGCGACAACUGUCCAGUUUCGAUGCAAGACUACAGAGAAAGAAAUCAAACAAUGUCAACAGGUGAUGAAAGUGUAAUAAUGAGCAACAACAGUUUCCAGCAGCCAGAAUGGCGAUUGAAUUAUAAAGGAGAUUAUCGUGGAGAAGUUAAGCCUAUAAGCACCAGGGAGCUAUUGACUUGGUCAUUCCAGGUUGCUAGAGGCAUGGAAUAUUUAGCGUCCAGGAAAGUGCUCCAUGGAGAUUUGGCUGCCAGAAAUAUUUUGCUUGCAGAUAAUAAUAUUGUUAAAAUUUGCGAUUUUGGCCUUGCCAAAACAAUGUACAACGAUAAUAAUUAUAAAAAGAAGAGUAAUAAUCCAUUGCCCGUUAAAUGGAUGGCAAUUGAAUCCAUAAGAGACCGUGUAUUUUCUACACAAUCCGAUGUAUGGUCCUUUGGAAUUGUUUUAUGGGAAUUUUUCUCUUUGGCCAGGACGCCUUAUCCAGGCAUGGAAGCUGAUGAGCGACUCUACCAUAAACUGCUAGAAGGUUAUAGAAUGGAGCCUCCGGCUUACGCAUCCAGAGACAUUUACAAAAUAAUGCUGGAAUGUUGGAAUGUGAAAGCUUUAGCAAGGCCUUCAUUUACCAAACUAGCUGAGAAAAUUGGGGUGCUUUUGGAAGACAGUGUCCGAAAGCAUUACGUUGACUUAAAUGAUCCUUAUUUGAAAAUGAAUACGGAAAAACUAGAAGAUGAUGACUAUUUGGCAAUGCUGAGUCCUCCUUCGUUUGACGUACUGUCAACGCCAACAGGACUUUAUGCAAAUGGUGAAACUUCCAGACAACAAUUGCCUGGAUACACUUUUAUGGGAGCUAAUGGUAUUUUUAGUCCACGUCCUUUAGGAGAGAAUGUAUUCGAUUUUAAAGAAGAAUCUCACGAACUCUAUCCAAUGUUACGAGAUGAAGAACUGGAUAACGACGGUUAUUUGACUCCGAUAACUCCGGUCAACAGUAUUUCGAAUCCCAUGUACCAUCAGAUGUUGCCGGAAAUCAAAACUAAAAAUAAAAUUACAAUACCUAUUGAUAAUAAUUACAUUUCAAUGCCGCAAUAUAAAAAUCUCAUAAGGGAUAAUAAGGCAGAACAUUUGGAAAUGGAAAAUGUGCAUUAUGUUAAUGAGAGAAUGGAUGUUUAGUAGAUAAGCUGUGAUUUAUUUGUAUUUUAAAGAGUAUUAUUUUUUAUGUAUUAUAUGGUAUUUUUGUCCGUAAUCAGUUUUAUGAUUAGUAGUUUGCUCAAAUUAUAAACUUUUGUCCUACCAAAAAAACCAGAGAAAGUUUAUAAACCAUUGGUGACCUUACAAAGAACUGAACCCCACCAUCAAACAUUUUGUAGUCUUGUUUACUAAAUACAAUGUACAUUUUUUGGAAUAAGUUUGCUUGAUUUUUAAUAUAUUAAGUAUAUAAA